CCCGUGCCGCAGCCCGUCGCCCUGGGCGGCGAAGGGAAGCGAAGGGACUCCAUUUCCCGAAGUGCCUCAUGCCCGGGGGGCGGAGGGCCGCCGUGGCGUCGGGCCCCCAGCGGAGCUGAGGGUUGGGGCUCGGAGGCCGAGGCGCCCGCGGCCGUGGGCUAGUGUCCGUGUGGCCUGGUCCGGGCCAUGUCCGCUUGAGGACGCCGCCGCCGCCCGCGUCCCGGCCCCGGCCGGCCCGGCCCGGCUCGCCGUGCACCAUGGGCUCCAUCCUGAGCCGCCGCAUCGCGGGCGUGGAGGACAUCGACAUCCAGGCGAACUCGGCCUAUCGCUACCCCCCGAAGUCCGGAAACUACUUUGCCUCUCACUUUUUCAUGGGAGGUGAGAAAUUCGACACCCCUCACCCUGAAGGUUACCUCUUUGGAGAGAACAUGGAUCUGAAUUUCCUGGGCAAUCGCCCGGUCCAGUUUCCUUACGUCACCCCCGCCCCCCAUGAGCCGGUGAAGACACUGAGGAGCCUGGUGAACAUCCGGAAAGACUCUCUCCGACUGGUGAGGUACAAAGAUGGUGCCGACAGCCCCUCCGAGGACAGCGAGAAGCCGCGCGUCCUCUACAGCCUGGAGUUCACCUUUGAUGCCGACGCCCGCGUGGCCAUCACCAUCUACUGCCAGGCGGUGGAGGAGUUCCUGAACGGGACGGCCGUGUACAGCCCCAGGAGCCCUGCCCUGCAGUCCGAGACCGUCCACUAUAAGAGAGGGGUGAGCCAGCAGUUUUCCCUGCCCUCCUUCAAGAUCGACUUCUCCGAGUGGAAGGAUGAUGAGUUGAACUUUGACCUGGACCGGGGCAUGUUUCCAGUGGUCAUCCAGGCCGUGGUAGAUGAAGGAGAUGUUGUGGAGGUGACCGGCCACGCCCACGUGCUCUUGGCUGCCUUUGAAAAGCACGUCGACGGUAGCUUCUCUGUGAAACCUUUAAAGCAGAAGCAAAUCGUGGACCGGGUCAGCUACCUGCUGCAGGAGAUCUAUGGCAUCGAGAACAAGAACAACCAGGAGACAAAGCCGUCGGAUGAGGAGAACAGCGACAACAGCAACGAGUGUGUGGUGUGCCUGUCGGACCUGCGGGACACGCUGAUCCUGCCCUGCCGGCACCUGUGCCUGUGCAACUCGUGCGCCGACACACUGCGCUACCAGGCCAGCAACUGCCCCAUCUGCCGGCUGCCUUUCCGGGCCCUCCUGCAGAUCCGGGCGGUGAGGAAGAAGCCAGGAGCCCUGUCUCCGGUCUCCUUCAGCCCUGUUCUGGCCCAGAGCAUGGACCACGAUGAGCAUUCCUGUCCCUUUAAAAAAUCAAAGGCGCACCCCGCCUCACUGGCCAGCAAGAAACCUAAAAGGGAAACAAGCUCUGACAGCAUCCCACCCGGCUAUGAGCCCAUCUCCCUGCUUGAGGCGCUCAACGGCCUUCGGGCCAUCUCCCCGGCCGUCCCUUCAGCCCCCCUUUACGAAGAGAUCACCUACUCAGGCGUCUCAGAUGGCCUGUCCCAGGCCGGUUGUCCCCUUGCUGGGAUCGAUCGAAUCCUGGAAAGCAGCCACCAGAAGGGCAAGCCGAGGAGCAAAUCCCCCGACAGCACCCUGCGGUCUCCGUCGUCUCCCAUCCACGAGGAGGAUGAGGAGAAGCUCUCCCAGGACUCGGACGCCCCUCCCCCGCUGAGUGGGGCGGGGCUAGCGCUAAGCAGCUCCCCCGAGAGCUUUGUGACGGAGGACGUGGACGAGGCGUCGGCACUAAAGCAAGGGAGCCGAGUGCCAUCCAUCGAGAACGUCCUGCAGGACGGCAGCCCUGAGCCCUGCAGCCGCGGCCAGCCCCGCCUGCCGGCCGAUAUCUACCUGCCAGGAUGGUCCACCUCCGUGGAGAUGCCCCGCAGCCUCCGUACCACUGGCCCACCCCGGCCUGUGCUUGGUGGCCCCAGUCCUGAUUCUGGGGCCACCGAGCUGACCCCACUCUGAGAGCCUGGCCAGGCUGGCAGCAUGGAGCCCUCAGCUCCCCAGACUUUGCUGAGGGGCCACCGGAUUCCAGCGUGACCCCUGGCCUCUCCUGUCUUGCACGCUCUGCGUGGCCACUGGCUCCGAGGGGCCGGACGACCCUUGAUUGAAGAGCACAGUGGACAGUCUCCUCUGACAAAUUCCUUUUUCUAUAGUUGAUGUAUUUGUAAAUGGUACAGAUGAAGGACAGCAGCUUUCUGUCCUGGGCUGUGAGCUCUGGGGUUUCCCCCAAAUGCCCCAUUGGCUGAGUGGCCAGGACCGGGGCUUGACCACCCACCUGCGGCCUGGAUUGGCUUCUCCCGGCACCCCAGCCCCUGGGGACUCAACAGCCUGAACACUCAGCACAGACUCGCAGAAGAACAGUGUACUGGUGGGUGAGGUGCUGUCUUCACAAGAGGUGUUGUAGGGGCCUUGUCGCCAGAGGAGGAAGGGAAGGGGGGUCUGAGUCCCGGUCAGUGAAGGAAACCGUGCCUGUCCCCUGUCCCUCGUGCUCCCGUGUCCUCGGCAGCCUGGCUGUUGCUGCUGCUUCCCCUUCCUGCUCCGGCCCUGGAGGCAGUUGCCUCCCACAGCCGACCUUCCCCGCGGCCCGGCUCAGCCCUGGGCAGGGGGGUGGUGGCCACGCAAGGCUGCCGUGUGGGUCUGAUCCAGGGCCAGAGGCACAGGAGCACAGGCCAUCUGCAGCACUUGGUGACCGGUGGCCCCUCUGCCGGCCCUGCACCUUCUCCGAAGUGGCUCUGAUCACACGGCAGGGCCCUCCAGGUGAAGGGGCUUCCGCUGGGCUAGUGGGGCUGCCGUCCACUCACCCCGGGGAGGGCUCUGAGCAGCUUCCCUGCUUCCUCUUCACCAUCAUAAUGUCACUAGUUUCUCUUGGGUUUGACCUGUCUGGGGGAGGAACAUCCCAUCCGAGGUGACCUUGUUCUUUUUUUUGUUGUUGGUUUUUUUUGUUUUGUUUUGUUUUUUUGAGCAAAACUCUCUGGGCAACAGAGGCAGAGGGGGCAUCGAGCCCUGGUGCGCCAAGGUGAGAACCGCCUGGGGGGACCUUGAGCCAGGUGGUUGGGUCUGUGCGGCUCCCUGGGGCACAAACACAUUCCUGGCCUGGGGUGUGGCACGCAGAGGGGCCCACUUCCUGGGGAUCUGCCCUGGGAAGGAUGGUUCUGGGGCAGCCAGCAGCAGUCCGCAGAGCCCCGGGCCUCACUGGCACCCCUCCCGCGGCUCAUCAUGCAGGGCGCUCAGGAGAGAAACCAGCAGUGUGGGAUUCGCUUUCUGUGCAGUCGAGCCCGUGAGCAGAGCGCUGCCUUACACUCAGCCCUCCGCCAGGCUCAGGCCAACCUGUCCCAGUCGCCCGACUCCCCGGACCCCGCCCCCCCGUGCGCAUGUCUGCACAUACGCCAGGGUGCGCACGCGUGAGUGCCGCACACAUGCUCGCAGGCUGCCUGCCCCCCGACCCACACCCCGGUCUCGCCAUUGGUAUUGGUGCCAGUACUCUGUCUGAAGGCCGGGAUGCAGACUGGCCUGUCUCGGACUUAACACGUGCUCUCAUUUGACGUACUCUGGCUGGUUUUUGUUCGUUUUUACUGUAUAUUUAUAGUAAUAAAAUCAUGCAGCAAUA